CGCGCCCUAUCAUUGCUGGCCGCGAGUGUUCCAAAGACGCGCGGAAUCUCGGUUCAACACAGAAUAAACUACUAAAAUAACUAAAUACUAAACUACUAAACUAUGGUUACUAAAAACACUAAAUAUAACUUAGUGAAAACGCCCUCAGUUUAGUUUAAGUGUGUGUUUUUUUUUCUAUAUUUUUGAAAAUGAAGACUUUAUUCGUGUUCAAUUUAGUGUUGUGUUUUUCGGCGAGUUUUGUGAGCGCCUUAUCAUCAUCAGAAGAGCUAGAAGUGACGGACACAUGCUGCGCACACGGCGAGAGCGCGGCCAUGACAGUAGCGUCAUGCGCAAGCGUCGCCCCCCCUGAAGAUAUAGAACCGGAGCAGAUGACUGUGUGUCUUGCUGCGGUGGCCAGUUGCUGUGAACAGCAGUUCUUAUUCAAAGAAUCAUGUUCAGCUGGGAUGAAACUAGCUGCUUCAAAGCGAUGUAGUACUGCAGAUUCGGAGAUCGGAACGACGUGUUGUGAGGAGUGUUCAUUUGGAAGAUGGACGGGCGAGUCUCAAGGCAAGGCAGCCUGUGGAGCUGCACCGUCUCCCGAAGGUGUCAGUCCUUCGACUGCGUUAAGGAAAGGGGCGUUCCAUGCCUGCUGUUUGGAAGCAGCAGAAACUCCAGAAACGACUACAGAAAAGAAACCUGAGACUACAACAGAGAAAAAGAUAGAGACCACUACUGAGAAGAAAGUGGAGAAGAAGAAGUGUAAAAAGGACUCUUGUGAACAUGAGUGUAAUGACGACGAUGGAGUUAUACGAUGCUCCUGUCGGGAAGGAUUUAGGCUUCAACCUGAUAAGAAAUCAUGUAAAGAUAUAAAUGAGUGUGCAGAAGCUACGGAUGAUUUGUGUACAGCGGAGGACACGGUGUGUCACAACACUCCCGGAGCCUUCAAGUGUGUCCCCAUCAAGAAGAGGGAUGUGGGCCUCAGCUGCCCUCCUGGCUUCAAGAGGAAUAUCAUCAACCAGGUGUGCGAUGAUAUCAACGAAUGCCAGCUGCCCCGGCCUCCUUGUCCGAAAUACCUCUGCGAGAACACGAUAGGCGGGUACAAGUGCGCCGGGAAGACCGGCAAGCCAUUCACAGAGGCUUUACCUGGGGCUGUCACUGAACCUACCGUCAGUUCCACUUCUCCCAAGAACGAUAUCUGCCCUCCUGGCUUUAGGGCGGGACCUGAUGAUGAGUGCGUUGAUAUUGACGAGUGCGGUGAAAGCCUAGACGACUGCCAGCAUCUAUCACAGCACUGCAUCAACACACACGGGAGCUUCUUCUGUCAGGACCACGUGUCCAAGCGCUGCGCUCCCGGUUUUAAGGUCAACAGCGCUACUGGGAUAUGCGAAGAUAUUGAUGAAUGUGAGGAAAGUUCAGAAGUGUGCCAGCGGACUGAGGUGUGCAUCAAUCUACCCGGAGCUUACAAUUGCAAGUCCAAAAUUAGCACUUUACCCAAGUUGGCGACUAAGACAUGUCAAGAAGGAACAAGGGCUCGUCCAGGUGGAUCAAUAUGCGAAGAUAUCGACGAGUGCAGAGAGGGCACACAUCUCUGUGAUCAGUUCCAGAACUGCAUUAACACGUUUGGAGGACACGAAUGUCGCUGCAAGAAUGGUUUCGAGCUGGAUUCCACUUCUGGGUCUUGUGUUGACAUCGACGAAUGCUCUCUGAAGCUGGACAACUGCGACAACGGACAGCACUGCCUGAACCUGUUGGGUACCUUCACGUGCACCAGGAAGCCUGUUACCAGCAGCACCACAUCCACCACCAACCCACCCAUGUAUGAGUACGAGUAUUAUGACUCCGACGAGGAGAACUCAACAACCGACAGCGGAACAGUUCCAACAGUAGCAACAAUCCCCACAACGUCUAGCACCACAACGACCACUACUACUACCACCCCCAAACCCACUACCACAUCCACCACCACCACUACCACUACCACCACUCCCAAACCCACUACCACUUCUUCCACCACUACUGUCAGACCCAGGUACCCUCCCUACUAUUACCCCAGAAGAACCACAACGAGUACCACAGUCAAACCAGUUACACCAAGAAGGCCUGAAUACCCAUACAAUAGGAGACCAGAUUAUCGCAGACCAGAAUACUAUCCUAGCCCUGACAACCCUAGAAGACCAGGCUCAGAUCCUCGUUACAGACCUGAUGUGUACACGACUCCUGAACCCAGGCCACAGCCACCUCCGAUUCCAGAACUACCGCCAAGACCUGGAACUCCAGUUAAACCGACUCCUGAAACACCAGAGGACAGGAGAACGAAUGAAAUAGGUGGAGACAAGCCUGAUGAACCGGAGCCAGGGUUCGAUAUUAAUGAUCUACAUUGUUUGGAUGGCUAUGAGAAAGAUGCUGAAGGCAACUGUGUUGAUACCGACGAAUGUUCCCUCGGCCAACACUCUUGUAAGAACACGGAGGUGUGUGUGAACAAGAAGGGCGGCUACAUCUGCGAGUGCAUGGCCGGCUUCCGCAGGGAGCCCGGCGGCUACUGCGUGGUGAUCACCACCAGUACUAGUACCACUACCACUAGUACCACCACUGAGAGGACUGCAAUAAGCUCUCCGGAAUGGGGUUACACCCCAGCUAGGCCGGGACGAAGGUAUCCACCGGCACCCUGCGAGCUGGGCUAUACCUACGACACCAGUGAAGGCAGAUGUGUUGACAUAGAUGAAUGCGCAACGAACAAAGCCACCUGUUCACCUCGGGAAGACUGUAUCAACGUAGAAGGAGGAUACCGCUGCGAGUGCGGCAGGAGAUGCCGCGGGGAGGUCGAUAGACCAACUUAUUCGCCACCAGCAUCAUCAUCAACAGCCCGCACCAUAUCCCCCGCAUCCACCUCGGGCCGCAACGUGAUCACAGUGGGCGCGCAGUACGGGCAGCGCGGGCCCUACUCGCCGCGCCCCGCCUACACGCGCCUGCCCGACUCCGGCGCCAUGGUGGCCUCCUGUCCCUGGGGGUACAAGCUCACGCCUGAUAAGAGGUGUUAUGAUAUCGACGAGUGUGCCCGCAAUGUCUCGGAGUGCGGUCCUCAACAGAGGUGCGAGAACUUCUACGGAGGCUACUCCUGCCAGUGCCCCGCUGGUCACAGGCUCGUCGGGCAGAACCAGUGCGAGGAUAUCAACGAGUGCAUGCAUGGCAACCCAUGUGCCUACAACGCCGACUGUCUCAACACAUACGGUUCAUACCGCUGUGCGUGCCGCGAAGGGUUCCGCAACGCCCCCUCCAACGACAAGGUGUGUGUGGACGUGGACGAGUGCUCCGAGACCCCCGGGGUCUGCAGCCAGGGCUGCUCCAACACCUGGGGGAGCUACCGGUGUUACUGCAAGAGGGGGUACCGACUGGAUGAGGAGACGAAACAAUGCGUGGACGUGAACGAAUGCGAGGAGUACUCCUCAGUGCGAAUCCGUGGCAAGCUGUGCGGCGGCGAGUGCAUCAACGAGCCCGGCAGCUACCGCUGCUCCUGUCCUGCUGGUUACAGGCUCUCUGAGGAUAGCAGGAGCUGCGUCGACAUAGAUGAGUGCGAGACGGGCGAGGCUCGCUGCGCGCACAGCGCGGAGCCGGGCUACGUGUGCCAGAACACGCGCGGCAGCUACCACUGCCACCACAUCGACUGUCCUGCUGGAUAUCGGCUCGAGGAUAAGCACCGCUGCGUCCGCGUGCAGCGCUCGUGCCAGGUGGGCGACUGGACGUGUCUGCAGCGGCCCAGCACCUACAGCUACAACUUCAUCACCUUCGUAGCCAACAUCUACCUGCCUUCAGGAAGUGUGGACUUGUUCACAAUGCACGGGCCGGCGUGGCGGGAGUCUGUCGUGAGCUUCGAGAUGAGAAUGAUAUCUGUGGAAGCGUCGCCAGGAGUCAACCCUGCUGGCCUCAGUUGUUUUGACAUGCGGCCAUCAGGCAACACCUGCGUGAUCUCCCUGCUGUGUUCACUCCAAGGUCCUCAAGUAGUGGAGUUGGAGCUCACCAUGUCGCUGUACCAGCACACCAUGUUCGCAGGGUCGGCAGUCGCCAGGCUUGUCGUUAUUGUGUCGCAGUAUGAAUACUAGGGGGACAGGUUUUAGGGAAUAUUCGUAAGGAAAGAUGACUGUCGUGGAUAGUACAACCCUAGUUAUUUUUAGGCUGUGCUCAAACCAAACUGACUGCCGAAUGUGAGCGAACUGUACGCAGCUUAUUGUAUUUCCAUACCAUUCACUUUUUCGUUCCAUCUAACCGACAAUUAUGCGUAAUAUGCUUAGACGAAGAAUGCUGACAUUCAGUUUGGCUUGAACGCAGCCAGAUUUGUUGGUGUUUAAUGGAGUAGAAUCAGAAAUCAAGUCGAAAGUGUGUUGUCUACGUCGCAUAUCAUCAGGUAACAUUGUUUAAGCGCGUGCCUACCACCAAUCAAAGAAAUAAUUAAAUUUGGACAAUAAAGGGUUGUACUAUCCCGACAAGCCCCCAAAGACACAUCUGGGCCAAAAAACCAUUUUCAAAUAAACAGCCGUUUUACCUAACACAACUAUAUACAUUGAAAACUAAAUGUAAAAAAUCCUAGUAAACAGUCGUUAAAAAUAUGUUGUCGGUGAACUUAGGCCUUUGACUACCUAUAGCGAUUAAUGUUUACUUGAGUAAAUAUAUACAUCGCUUAUUUAGCAACGAAGACUUCUACUGCCUGUUUCUUUCUUUUGUUAUCAAACUUUUAAAAUGGUUGCACGUACUUUAGAGUUUAUGCAACAAACAUUACUUGUAAUAAAAAUAUUGUAAGUCAUACUUUUUGUUACCUUUCUUGUUAAUACGUUAUAUGUAGUAACUACUUAAUAUUUAUAUAUUGUCUGGUAUUAAAUACCUAAUAAUUAAGAAA